UUUUUUUUUUCCACUUCGGUGUUUGAAUCUCUCUGCUGCCCUUUGAGACCCAUUCUUCUUUUCUUGUUUUCUUGUAGAUAUUUGAUAAUCCAUCUGAUAUUUGCGUUUCUUGAAUAUCUACAUCUCAUCUACGGAAGAUUAUUCAGCCAUGGAUGCCAACAACAAUCCAUGGUUCUUGGUAUUCGUUAUAUUCAUGUACUUCUCACUUAAUUUCCACCACUCCUUUGGAGCCGACACCAUCUCUGGUAACCAAUAUCUCUCCGGUGACCGGACACUUGUCUCUGCAGGUGGGGAUUUCGUACUCGGAUUCUUCAAACCAGUUAACUCAUCUAACUACUAUAUAGGCAUGUGGUACGGCAAAGUUUCUACAAAGACCAUAGUUUGGGUGGCAAAUAGAGACCGACCCAUCUCUGAUAUACUCUCUUCGGAGUUGAGAAUCUCAGAUGGUAAUCUAGUUCUCUUCGACGAGUCCAGUAGUCCUAUCUGGUCAACAAGUUUGGAGUCUACCAGUUCAUCUCCAGUAGAAGCAGCUCUUCUUGAUGACGGAAAUCUUGUUCUGAGAGAUGGGUCUAACUCAACAGAUUUAUUAUGGCAGAGUUUUUAUCAUCCAACAGAUACAUGGCUUCCUGGUGGCAGACUUCGACUGAAUGGAGGGACCAAGAAUCUCAUUUCAUGGAAAAAUGAACAAGAUCCUGCAUCAGGCCUCUUCAGUUUCGCGUUGGGCCCAAAUGAACUCAGCCAGUAUUAUGGACUGAUUUGGUUUCAAAUAUACUGGAGCAACAAAAUCUUCGGUGGAGUAUAUGAAAUGACACCAAGCGAUAAUUACUACUUCAGCUAUGUUACCAACGACUACGAGUAUCUCACCUUUUCUAUGAAAGACAAGUCCAUCAUAUCUCGGUUUGUGAUGGAUGUUUCGGGCCGGAUUCAACUACUGACAUGGUUAGAAAGCUCCAAAGAAUGGAAUUUGUUUUGGUCCCAACCAAGGCAACCAUGCGAAGUUUUCUAUUUUUGUGGAGCAUUUGGAAACUGUAAUAAUAAUUCGCAUUGUACUUGUUCGACAGGUUUUGAACCGAAGUCAAAAACUGAUUGGGAUUUGCAGGAUUAUUCUGGCGGUUGUGAGAGGAAAACGAGUCUGCAGAGUGGAAGUACUAGCCUUGCAAAUGGCAAGAGCGACAUAUUUUCAGUCAGCCCCAAUGUGAAAUUAGUUCGACGGCUUAUUGUUGGCUCGGUGGGCGCAGUUGUUUUCCUAGUCAUUCUUGGUAUUAUAUACAUAAGACAUCGAAUGAGAAGAAGCAUAAAAGUAAAAGCAGUAGAGGGCUCAUUGUUGGCUUUUGGGUUCAAGUACUUGCAAAAUGCGACAAAGAAUUUCUCAGAGAAAUUGGGUGGAGGUGGCUUUGGUUCUGUUUUCAAAGGCGUGUUGCCAGAUUCCACUGUCAUUGCUGUGAAGAAGCUAGAAAGCGUCAGCCAAGGGGAGAAGCAAUUUCGCACAGAAGUUACCACAAUCGGAAUGAUCCAGCAUUUUAAUCUCGUUCGUCUUCGUGGAUUCUGUUCGGAGGGUAAUAGAAAGUUGCUGGUCUACGAUUAUAUGCCCAAUGGUUCUUUAGAUUCCCAUCUUUUCCAUGAAAAGAACUUGAAGGUCCUAGACUGGAAAACAAGGUACCAAAUUGCUUUGGGGACAGCUAGAGGGUUAACCUAUCUUCAUGAAAAGUGUCGAGACUGCAUCAUACACUGUGACAUAAAGCCAGAAAACAUUCUUCUAGAUGCUGAGUUUUGUCCAAAAGUGGCAGAUUUUGGCCUUGCAAAGCUUGUCGGGCGGGAAUUUAGCAAGGUACUGACAACCAUGAGAGGAACGAGAGGUUAUCUAGCACCAGAGUGGAUUUCAGGAGUAGCAAUCACUGCCAAAGCCGACGUGUACAGCUAUGGAAUGAUGAUUCUUGAACUUGUAUCUGGAGAAAGAAAUGCAAGGGAAUUUGAGGCUGGGAAGGUGAAAUUCUUCCCUACUUGGGCUGCAAACCAAAUAAUACAAGGCGGAGACAUCCUUAGCUUAUUAGACCGUAGGCUGGAGAAAAAUGCUGAUGUAGAAGAGCUCACAAGAGUCUGUAAAGUCGCUUGUUGGUGCAUCCACGACGAUGAAACUUGUAGGCCAUCAAUGGGUAAGGUAGUCCAGAUUCUAGAGGGGGUAGUGGAUGUAAGCAUGCCCCCUCUUCCAAGGUCUCUGCAGAUGUUUGAUGACAAUGAUGAACACAUCAUUUUUUUCACGGAAUCAUCAUCUAGCCAGAGUUCCCCACAGAGCAGCACAUCAACUGCUUCGUCCCAGCCUAAAAGCACUAUAUCAUCAACUGGUUCGACCACUCAACUAGAUCAAUGAGGGGAUCACGAUAUGUAUAAUCAACAUUUAUUGUCAUUGAAGCCUAGAUCAUUAUCAUAAUUAGCUCACUGAUCUUAUUACAACAGUGACAUAAGAUAGCUCACUGUAUUUAUUGUACCAGUGACAUGUUUGUAUGCUAGGUAUUAUUAAUUUUAUGAUUUCAAGUUCAAAAUCAUAAAAAUAGAUGGUUGACUGA